UACAGAAUGAAGGCAAUUAUCGUUCUAUCGGCUUUAUUUGCGGCCGCCAUAGCAACACCAUUUUACGGCGGUUACUAUGGAGAUGAUGACGGUUACUGGAGGUAUGGAGGGUAUGGUGGAUACCGAGGUUACGGUGGAUAUGGAGGUUAUGGAAUGUUCGGUGGAGGAUACGGUAUGAUGCCAUACGGUGGAUAUGGAGGCGGUGGAUAUGGAGGCUAUGGUGGUUACGGAGGAUACGGAGGCUAUGGGGGUUAUGGAGGAUACGGAGGCUAUGGUGGAUACGGAAGAUUCGGAAUGAUUGGCGGUGGAUAUGGAGGAUAUCCCGGCAUGCACAGAUACCACCACUGGGGACACAGACCGUACUGGCCAAAAUGGAAACCUUACCACAAGAAAAGAGGAUAUUAUUAAACAUCUUAUGAAGAAACUGACCCGGACAACGACAAUACUUUAUGAUAAUUUUGUUUGACAUAUACGUGUAUUUAUUUGAAAGAAGAUUUGAAUGGUAAAAACAUGUUUUCAUAUAAAUAAAUUGCAAGUUCAAUUCA